AUGGCUCUAAUUACUUCUUCUCCUUCUCCCUCAAUCUCCACUAGCAUUUUAACUAAUACUAUUACUACUCAAAUUGAUUACAAAAAAGGUGUAAAGUACUUAGUUGACAAUUCAAAGAACAUGAAAAUGCUGCCUUUGGAGUUUGUUUUGCCAAUUCCAGAAGGUGAAAGGCCAUCGAUGGCGAUUGAUGGUUCAAUUCCAAUUAUAGAUAUGAGUGGACUUAAUGGACCUGAUGAACAAAGACUAUCAACUAUACAUGCCAUUACUUCUGCAUGUGCCUAUUGGGGGUUCUUUAGGGUGACUAAUCAUGGUAUAAAGAGCUCUAUCAUGGAUGAAAUGCUUAAAGUGAUAGAAGAAUUUUUCAAUCUUCCAUUAGAAGAGAAAAUGAGAUAUUAUUCAGAAAAUGUGAUGGAUCCAGUAAGAUAUGGUACAAGCUUGAACACAACCAGAAAGCAUAACCUCCAUUGGAGGGACUUUUUGAGGCACUAUGGUGGUCUAGUUCCACAAAGCUAUCACCUUUGGCCAGAUAAUCCUCCUACCUACAAGCACAUUGCAAAGGAGUACUUAAAGGAAGUUUGGCAACUUGCUAUAAAAAUAUUUGGUGCAAUAUCAGAGGGAUUAGGGCUUGAUCCAAAUUACAUAGAGAGGUCACUUGGAGAUGAAGGGACUCAAAUAAUAGCUGCAAAUUAUUAUCCAGCAUGUCCUGAGCCAAAUAAGACAUUGGGACUAGCUCCACAUUCAGAUCAUGGCGGUCUCACUAUUUUGAUGGACAAUGGCAUUCCUGGCUUGCAAAUUAAACACAAUCAUAUAUGGUAUUCUGUCCCUAGUAUACCUGGCACUUUUGUUGUCAAUCUAGGAGAUUAUUUGGAGGUAUUGAGCAAUGGGAAAUACAAGAGCGUAGAGCAUCGAGCAGUAGUCAAUGCGGAGGCGGCUCGGAUCUCUAUAGCAGUGGGUCACGGCCCAGAAAUGAAUGCGAUAGUUCAGCCUGCAAGCCCACUUAUCAAAGAAAAGAGUGAAAGCAAGUAUCGGCCCAUUGUUUACAAAGACUAUAUUAGAGGCCAACAAAGCACUAUUAAAAGAGGGAAGAGUGCCUUGCAUGAGAUAAUGAACAACAUGUAAAACUUUUAGCACUUUUUGUUAAUGUGUAUACUUAUUGUCGCUAAACGUUGUUUUUGUUAUAGUGAUUGAGAAGGCUAGACUUGUGCCCUAGCUUCUUGGUUUGCCAAAGUACAUCCUACCACAU